CACAUUUAGUGCAUAUGUUAAAACUCUAAUUUCUCAAAUAUUUAGAAAAUAUUCAUUUUAUUAUCUUUUACUUAUUACUAAUUGGCAUUUAUGAAAAUGGCUCGUGUCAAUGAGCUGGUUAGUACAAUCAACGUAUCUAUGGUGGAUAAUAUUUAAGAUACAAUGCAUGUGACAGUUGAAUGUGAAAUUUGUGACAUAAAAUUGCACCUUAUACAGAUUAUUAUGAGGGAAAUUGGUAUUUGUGGAUCUGGGCUACAGAUAUGACAUUUUAUUUGAUACUCAGUCCUACUCAUAAUCACGCCAAAAAUAAAAUUUGUGAAUUGAAUUAGUUUGGUUCUGAAUUUCGGUUACAAGUCAGACUGGGUACAGUGGCUAGGACAACAAAAGCCAGGUUAAUAAAGUCUAGCUCUUAUUAGUUUGGGUAUAUCAACAGGUCUGAAAUGACUGUUUAUUCAAAAGCACUGAACAUAUCCCAACCACAGACAAGAGGAAUGAAAACAGCACAUGAUGUUGUUCUGUAAUGCUAAUAUUGUCAGGCAGUGGCAUAACAUUUGCAUAUGUAUUUGCAGGAAGUGAUAGUUUGACAGUGACCAACAACAUUAUAGAGGCUCCUUCCCUCAGUAUGUUGAACUUGUGCAGUAAACAACACACACUGCAGAGUGGCGAUACUACUUGUGACAAUGUAGAUGUGACAUAGUGCAGAAUUCAGAGAAGAUUUCAAGGUGCAGCAGUUGUUUGAUAUUUAGUUUAUCUAGAAUAUAUACCAUCCUGCUUGGGUAAUAUCAAAUUAAAUGGUUGUGACCAGUGUCAGGACAAAGUGAAAUCAAUAUGGAUCAGGGAUGGGCUGGGGUGGAGGGUGUAGUACGACAAUAAACAAGAUGUUCACAUAUUUCUGUCUGUUUUCCGGGAUCAUUGGUUUUAUCAGGACAACAAAAAGUUUUCUGACGAUGUAACCAGAACAUUUGUGUCUCUUCUCCCUCACAGUUUUGUCUACUGUCGUCAGUUUAUUUUACUUGUCACUACAAAAGCUGCUCUGUGUGCAUGUGUAAUCCCUCUGUUUGUACAUGCACUUUUGCCUGUGCGUUUGUGUUUUCUGCAGGUACUAUGUGGGCAUUUUGUGUGUGAUAAAGUGCUCAGUGUAGCCGCCACCACCCAGCUUCCCCUGCCUAAAGAUCAUGGUAUUUAUGUCUCAGUGAACCGUUUGUGUUUACGUCUUGGCUUUAGAGAAAUGGCCAAGUGUGUGUGUAUUUGUAUUUGUAUGUGUGUAACUGUUUAAACAGAGAGGGUAUAGAGCAGAGCCUCAUUUGCAUGCAUGACUAUUUGUCAUGGUGCAGGUAGACGCCCAGAUUAUUGAUCUGAUCACUCGGGUCAGUAGUGGACAUUAGGAAACACAAAAGGUCUGUCGCAGUAAAGGGUGGUUACUCUUCGGGAUCCACGAUGAAAGCAACAAGUUCACUGACCUUUUCAGAAAAUACAAUAAAGAUGAAAUUAUUUCUGGAAUUAUUGCCUGUUAUCAUUAUGUUUGAGGAGUAGCUUGUGCUGGAUUUGUCCAUUCAAAUUGAAACAGAUGAUUAAAAGCAGUAAUGAAAAAUUUAUUAAAAUUUUUUAGGCAGAUCCAUCAUUUGCACCGCACGCUGGCUCGUCCUCGAUCUCUCUAGACGCAAAAGUUCCAGACACUUGAUGACGACAAACUUUAACACAAACGCGCUGCUGUUGUGAUGGUAGAAAAAAUGACUGGCAACAUACCUAUAUUAAUAUAUGCUGGCUUGGAAUGGGUCUGUUAUGACAGUGUACUGCUCCGCUUGAGAGAUGAUUAUUCAUAGAAAAAUAAUCCCAUCAUGUUCCACCCUGACGUUUUGAAAUGCAUCCCAAAAUUCAACAGUCUGCUCAUUUACCACAGGAGAAAUGGGUAAACAAGAGUGAAUCAAUGGGUCUAUUUACAACUGGCAUUAAUGUGUUGUGAAGGGCUGGGAUUGCGUAAAGUCUGGAUACACAUAAAGCCAAGUGUGCUUGUACACAGAAGAGCCAAUUAACCAGACAACCGCUGGAGGCGCAUCAGAAGAACAAACUGCUCACUCUGUUCUCCUCUAACUACGUGUACAAGAACCACACAAAAAUGAAUGAACCGUUGUGCGAAGCUCAAACGGUAACAGUGUAAGACCAUGACUCACCGUACAUUCCAUUCCCCCGACCGUCACAGGACAAUCAGAAAGAACAGUGAACAGGGAUCAUCAGGUGUCAAAGCCGCUUAUGCUCAACCAGCACACCCUUAAAUAAAAACAAAUGACUUUCAACUAACUUUUCUUCUGCACACUAUGAGAAAGCAUGAUUAUUAAAUUAAAUUAAAGUAAUAUAAAAUGCACAUGGCAAAAAUUUAUAUUUCAUGCAUUGAUUUGUGUGAUCCAGUCCAGACAGGUCAUUCUGUGCUUCUACACUCACACAAAGGUUAUUUCAGCUGCUGGGUUACAAGUACCUUUACAGCUGGCACACAAACACAAACACAACUUAUCCAACCCUAACUGCUGAUGUCUAGGAACAGAGAUACAGUUUGACACGAUGAGAAGAUUAAAAGACCCUUGUUUUUUUAACAUGAGUAGAAUUAGCUCAUUAAAGCAUGAUAUUCAAGAAUCGGACGUCUUGUCACUUGCCAGCAGUAUAACUUCUUAAUCACGAAAGCGCAAUAAAUCCUGGUAUAGAUUGGCCCAAGGAAAUAUAUGUUUCAGAUUGCAGGUAAACUGCAGCCUAUUUUAGUUUGUAGGACUAUAUAGGAAACUUGCAUAACAGUGCAAGGACUUAAUUAAAAAUCUACCUGUCAGACACCUUCCACAGAGACUGUUGUCCUGUCUGAUGACACUUGAAUGAUCAACACCGAGGGAGGAAGGAGAAACUCUUAGACUCUUCUUGACCAACAAAAACCGAACAACACCACAACAACAGUAAACAUGGAGGAGAUUCAGAUUGUGCUCUUCGAUACUGAGCCCUGCAAAUCCCACAAACAGUGCAUAGUACUAAAUGCACUUCUUCCAAACAAAUUUACAAACUCAAGCCACCUAUCUCUCUGGUGCUCCGCCAAUGUUCCUUAUAAAGAUACAAGUCAAAUUCAGUAGCGCAAACACUUCUAACGCAAGAAAUUGUGUGUCUUCCAUCUGUGUCACGGCCCAAGUACGAGGCUGUGACAUUACUUUUUCUUUGUCGUAAGCAUAAUGCAUGAAGCUAUGUUGUUCUCUGUGUUGUAAACGUAGAUCAUGGAGCCUGUGAGCACUAUGUCAACACCAGCAAACCAAUCCCAUUCCAACAACUCUUCACUGGUCUUGGAGCCAGAGCACGUGCUGCAUGUGCUGCUCGUUGCUGCAAUGGCCAUUCUGGUUCUGGCCAUAGUUUUUGGUAACAUCCUGGUGAUUACCGUCAUCCUGCGGUUCCAGCGGCUUCAGACUGUCACCAACCUCUUCAUCGCCUCUCUGGCUGUCGCUGACCUCAUCAUGGGCUUGGUUGUGGUGCCUUUUGGUUCCAGUAACAUCCUGCUGGGGGGCUGGCACUUUGGAAACGUCAUGUGUGAGUUUUGGACAGCGACAGACGUGCUGUGCGUGACAGCCAGUAUCGAAACACUGUGUGUGAUCGCUCUGGACCGCUACCUCGCCAUCACCUUGCCACUACGUUACCCAAUGCUGCUCACCAGGGGUCGGGCCUUGGCGGCGAUUCUCGGGGUGUGGAUAGUGGCCUCCCUCAUCUCCUUCCUACCCAUCAAAAUGGAGUGGUGGCAGUCAGAGGAUGAGGAAACUUUGCGCUGCUUAAAUGACACUAACUGCUGUGAAUUCAACACCAACGUGCUGUACGCUGUGUCUUCCUCAAUAGUGUCGUUCUACCUGCCACUGGUUGUGAUGAUUUUCGUGUACGCACGGGUGUUCCAGGAGGCCCGGAAACAGCUGAAGAAGAUCAGGGGGAGGGAGAAGCACUUCUACAACUUGCAUUACACCGCGCAGCUGGCUUAUCCCGACGACAGUCCCGCAAUGAACAAACUACGGGUGGGAACUGACAUGGGGGAUCAAGCAGGAGAGGACAGCCCAAACAUGCAGAAACCAAGAGGUGUGGACAAUGGGGAAGAAGAAAAGGGAGGAAAGAACAGAGCAGGGAUAGAAAAAAUGGAAACAAAGCACUCUGCGGCAAAGCGUCUAAAGUUCUGUCUCAAGGAGCAUAAGGCCGUAAAAACUCUGGGGAUUAUCAUGGGAACCUUCACUCUGUGUUGGCUACCCUUCUUCAUCCUCAACAUCCUCAAGACCUUCCUCGACUUGGGCGAAAUUACGCUGCUCUUCAGACUCCUCAACUGGCUGGGAUACUCCAACUCAGCCUUCAACCCGCUCAUCUACUGCCGAAGCCCGGACUUCCGAUACGCCUUUCAGGAAAUACUCUGUUUGAGGGGCAAGUGGGGAGGCAGGGGAGGGAGGAGCAGAUGGGGAUGGAGCAGAGGUAGAGAUUGCUUCUCGAAGGCCCCGGGUAGGAAGAAUGGGGAUUCGGACCUGAAUGGUGCUGGAGGGCUGGAGAUUCACCAGAGGUCAGGAUGGGAGGGCAGUCUGGAGAGCUCUGAAAGAGACAGCCCACUCACUGUGCCUCCUGGGACGUCUUCCUGCCAGCAGGUUGUAGAAGUCGCUCCAGGUUCUUUGACGAACCAACAGGCCAAUGGCUCUGCUAACGGGAUCUGUAAGGACAGCCUGGCUUCAAUCACUUGACCAAAUAGCAUUUUUAGAAUUCACAUUGAGCACUAAACACCAGGUCAAUGAAGCUGUGUUCGGAAAUACCCUGUUGAGUUUGUUUGUGUCAAUGUUACUGGGCUGAACUUGUGUUCACUGUUUAAUUCUAUGAGGAGUUUCUGCAUAUUCACAUGCAGAAGGGCUGGGAGCCUUCUGGUUUCUGUUUCUAGUUUGACCAAUUACGUUUGAGUCGGCUUUGGUUGCCUGCAGGGUAGAGCAACUAACAAAAACACAUUGACUAUUACUUUUUUAAUUUAUCUGAAUUCACAUGCCAAUAUCUAAUAGAGAUUAGCCAAAAUACCUACAAAGGCUAUUGCAGUUAGUUUUUUGGAGAAACAUUUGAUGAAAUAAACUAGUUGGACAGUUAUCAGUGUACAAUGAACGGAGUAUGGACUCUUGGCCUGGAUAUCAGCUGUCUACCCUGGCAGCCCAAAGAUAUUCUGAUGGGCUCUGAGAUUGCAAAGGCAAAUACUCAGGUAAACCACGCAGAAGUAUCAGAUUUAAUCUUUUGAGCUUCUUACGUAAAGAAAGUGUAUGUGAAACCAAACAUUAGGAGCUUCAACAAACAGGUUUAUCAUUGGAAGGUGUUUUUGUUGUUUUGUUCAAAGUUCAGAGUAUCUUUAUUAUCCCAUUCAGGGAAAUCUAGUUGCAGCCAGGAUCGUAAACUGUAAAAACACACACACACACAGACACACACACACACAAAACACCUACAUACUGGUGGACAACAGAGAGAAAGAUCAAGACAUGUAGUUUACUGAGGGGUUCAGAGUCAAAGCACCAAUAAAUGGUUCAUCCCGUCUUUAUAAGAAAUGGAGAACAGAAAGUCAAUGUUAUAAUCGACUUCAUAUGGUGUGGUCCUGAAAUACAGGACACAUACGUUGCUAGAUGUGUACUGUUAAAUAAAUAGAAAGUCUUUAAUAACUGCUCGAUAAUAAAAUAACAAAAAACCUGAAUGAAAAUACACUUUUUGCUCUUGCAUUCCACAAUGUUAAUUUAUUGAAAACAGCCUUGGCAGUUUGUAGAACUAAGAUUCAUAUGAAAACAUGUUUAUUCUGCACUUUGACAACCUGACAACCUGUCUUCAAAGAUAAAUAUAGACUAAAAUAUUUAUGUCUAAAAAGGGAACAAUCCUAAUGAAACCAUAUAUUGUUUACGACAGAGAGUCUCAAUUUGUUCAGCCAAGGACGGCUUCAAAAUAAAACAUAUUCUGGGGUUCCCCUUGGAAUAAUUUGACAUAUUUAUGUGAAAGAAAACCACAAGAGAAAUUUCCUGGAAAAGUACUAGACAUGUAUUAAAAAUAGUUUCACCAUGUCAACACAGAAAUGAUGAUAAUUUUUAGGAAUCUGGAAACUUAUAUCCCCUGGCAGUGUGGCACAGACUUUUAAACUACUGAUUUACUAUGAGAUAGAAACUCAGCUGAUCUGCUUCAACAGGUGUUGAUCGACUGAUCCGAUUAAACACACAAACACACACACACACACAAACACGCACAGAGUCCCAGUAAAGGAAAUAUAUAGACGUUUUAUUAGGAUCACAUCAUUCACAGUAAAAACCUGAAGGAGAAAAAAGGUAUCAGGACCUUUAAGUUGAGCAAAUAUACAUGUUCAUGAAUUAAAACAUUUAUAUAAAUGUAUAAUAGCUCAGACAUAUACUACCUGCGGCCAAGCUGCCAGUUUUUCAUUCCCUUUUGAUAAACCUCAUGGCUGCAAGGUCCAAAAUCAUUUACUGGUGUGUAUCUAUGUGUUAGAUAAAGAUCUGAGAGCCAAACCCGUCUCUAUCAUAACUGAUCUUUCUCUCCCUGUACUCUGUGAAUCUGUUGGGUAUUUUUCUUUCUCGCUCUGUCUCUAAACCUCAUCAUUAUCUUUCGACUCGUUAAUCCUAUCUGCUGUAGCUCUUCUCUAGUAACAACUUUAUUAUCUGCCAGACAGUGCUCCGGAGAUAAUUUCUUUGUAGUGAUAUCACUACAUGUUUCCAUAACAUCGUCGGAUACACUCUCUGUAAAGACAUAAUAAUCAGAUGACACACACUUUUAGUUUAAUUUUUCAUUUGGAACUGGAACUUGGUUGAAGGCUGAGGUAUUUGGACAUUUGGUAUUAAAUAUUUGGUAGUGAGAAGAGCAUCAGACCCCAAAGACAUUACAGCCCAAGACCCAUCACAUUUUGGAAACUAAUGGCACUCAAUAGAGAGGAUACCUCCAUCAAGGCCCGACAGAUGCCUGUUAUUCAAUUAAGCUUCAUUAAAUUGCACCUACUCAUACUUAUCAGUCCCUAAAAUAUGUCUGAUUCUUGUUUUCAAGAUUCAUAAAUUAUUUUUGGAAUAUGAAAUUGGUGAGCCUGUCAAAAAACGCAGAUAUCCCAUCCUACCACCAAGGUUCGGAAGAAUCCGUUCCGACGUUUUAUGUGAUCUUGCUUAAAAACCAACAAACAAACAAACAAACAAGGCUUAAAAAGUGUCUUUCCCAGCUCUGCCUCUACAUGUACAGAUCAUUAUUUAAUCUUUUUAAAAAAAGAGGAUGAGGAUCAAUUAUUGCUGAUUGUGUGCUGUAAAUAUGAUUUGCAUGUGUCUGUCUGUGUGUUUUGUGCACAAAUAUAAGUGAUUCAUGUGAUUGUUGACUGUGCCUUUUAAAACUUGAAAACAUGCCAUUGGAUAUUUCUAGUUUACUAUAAUGUAAAAAGUUUUAGAAUCACCAAAUAGCCUGAACAUUUUUAUUGGAUUUGGGAUUGUAGAAUAGCAGAAAACGUGAGUUUUAAAUGCCUUCCAACGAUUGUCUGAAUUUACAGGCACUGUGUAUAAAAAAACCACAAUACCUGGUUCUCGUGGAAGAACAAGGGUUGAACUAAGAGUUGUUUUGCUUUGCUUUUUGUAUCAUGUCUGUUAAUAUAUGUCACAUCAGAUUUUAAGCAGCACUGAAACACGCACAGUUUGUCAUUGUUUAUUUGACAGGGAUUUGUGGCUCUAUCUCGGGACAUUUAGACAGAUCUUAAACAAGCUUUGUUGAGACUGAACGUUUCAGAAGCAAAGGAUUCUAGUUUCUACCUCCAACAGAGUCACAUGAAUGUCAUCUCACCCUUGUACAUAUUUAUUCAUAAGCUGUUGAACAUGUUGUAAAUAAAAGAUUGAAAGUUGGCAAAUCUA